AUGUCAGAGUCCAGAGUGAGAGUACCCGACAAGGUCAAGGAAGUCGCCAAGGAAGACUUCAACCAAGCUAGACAGCUUGCCUCAGAAGCUGUCCGCUCGGCCGCAUAUCUCUACCCUUUCAAGGGCAUUGCGUACUUCUUCACACACCGUGCUCUAUGGAAGCCUCUCGCUGCGAAACUGGUCCCUACUGUCUCGCUCGGUCUUGGUGUCACCGUGCUCAUGUUUGCCGUCACAUACAUUCCCCAAGUCGCACUUCUCACCCUUUUCAACGGACCACUCGCAGUCUUCACCACGGUUCUGCUCGUACUCAGCGAGUCGUCCACUAUCUUCUCGGUUCUCAGCAAGAACUUCCUCAUUGACGAAGCGCUUAUUGAUACCUUUGAUUCAACCUUGGUCAGCCGCAACCAGACCACAUUAGUUUCCAAAGAGCGCCAGGUAAAGUCGGGAACUGACCCUGUUGCGAAACUGGGCAAGCUCGUCUCGAAGCCUUUCGCAAAAUUCGCCCCCAGCGCCAUCAUCCGAUACUUCAUGUACCUUCCGCUCAACUUCAUCCCGGUCGUGGGCACCGUACUAUUCGUCAUCCUCCAAGGACGCAAGUUUGGUCCCACCGCACAUGCCCGCUACUUCCAACUCAAGCAGAUGAAGAAGCAGGAGAAGGAGCGCUUCAUUGACGAGCGCAAGGCCGCAUAUGCUAGUUUCGGCAUCCCAGCUGUCCUCCUCGAACUCGUCCCGAUUGCCGGAAUCUUCUUUUCCUUCACAAACACCGUUGGCGCUGCGUUGUGGGCUGCCGAUAUGGAGCAGGGCGUUCAAAGCGGCGAGGCUAGCACCACGGCGCCGAACCUACGCCAACAAGCUGAACUGGCCAAGAAUAGGCGGGAGUUGUGA